GAAUCUGUGAAUGUCUUUCCAACUUUCCCGAACUGAUCAGGACAGAACACAGAGUUGUUUUUUCUCUUUAUCAGAACAUACCCUCAGUUAACCAAAGUAAGAAUGCAAAAUAAAUGAAGAUCCUUAUUCUCGUGUUCCUCGUGGGAAUAUACCAAGUGACGGCAGAGACUCACUCUCUGAAGUAUUUCGUCACUGAGUCCUCUCAAGUCCCAGACUUCCCAGAGUUUGUGGUUGUUGGAAUGGUUGAUGAUGUUCAGAUCGUUCACUAUGACGGCAACACCACGGAAGCAGUGCCCAAACAGGACUGGAUGAAGGAAGUCAUUGAUGAUGAUCCAGAGUACUUCAAGAGGAGCACUAACAUCUUUAUAAAAGAACAGCAGACCUUCAAAGACAACAUUGAAGUACUAAAGCAACGCUUCAACCAAACUGGAGAUGUUCACAUUUACCAGGUGAUGUACGGCUGUGAGUGGGAUGAUGAGACAGAUAAGGUUAAUGGUUACAGACAGUAUGGUUAUGAUGGAGAAGACUUCAUAGCAUUGGACCUGAAGACAGAGACAUGGAUCGCUGCAGAACCACAGGCUGUCUUCACCAAACAGAAGUGGGACAAUGACAAAGCUCGAACAGCAUACUUGAAGUACUACCACACCCAGAUUUGUCCUGAGUGGCUGAAGAAGUAUGUGAACUAUGGGAGGAGCUCUCUGAUGAGAAAAGAUCUUCCCUCAGUGUCUCUCCUCCAGAAGACUUCCUCCUCUCCGGUCACCUGCCACGCUACAGGUUUCUACCCCGACAGAGCCGACUUGUUCUGGAGGAAAGAUGGAGAGGAGCUUUAUGAGGACGUGGACAGAGGAAAGAUCCUCCCCAACCAUGAUGGAACCUUCCAGAUGAGUGUUGACCUGAAGAUUUCAUCAAUCGCUCCUGAAGACUGGAAGAAGUACGACUGUGUGUUUCAGCUGUCUGGUGUCAAAGAUGACAUCAUCACCAAACUGGACAAAUCAGUGAUCAGGACCAAUGAAGGAAAUCCUCUCAUCAUGAUGAUCAUCCCCAUCGUUGCUGCUCAGGUUGUUCUUUCUGUCAUCGCUGUGGUUGGAUUCAUUGUUUACAAGAAGAGGAAUUGCAAACGUCCUCCACCUUCUGUAGAGAACAGAGAGGUCCAGGAGGAAAUGCUUCCAAAAGCCUGAAUGACAAACAAAACCCUGCAUUCAGUUUAUAGACACAUUUUGCACUGAAACAAGGAGCAGUGUCGCCACAUUCUCCUCCAUAAACUGGAAAUUCAUUGGAUGUUCAUCAUUAUUAUAAACUGGUAGAAGAAGUGUUGGGAUGGAGUUAGAAAUACUUUCUGAUUUAAAUUCAAGGAAAAAUGAAAGUCAUCAAACAUAGUGAUAGUCAAUAGUUUUAUGCAUUUAGUUUUGAAUUAAAAAGUGGAAUUUCUUCUGAUAAAACAUGAUGACAAAUGUCUGCAGAGAAUUAAAACAUUGAAAUGAUAUAAAAUCACUGAAAGCAUCUCAGUGUUCUUCAUACAAACACAAUCAAUCAGAUAAUUAACACAUUUAUCAUAUUUACUGUUACAUAUUUCUGGUUUUGGAUUUUCCCUGUAGAUCAAUAAAUCAAACAAUCAAUAUUGAUCAUACAGAUGUAGAUAUACAUUUAUAGACACAGACACACAUUACAUGUUUUCUCCUUUUCAUAGACGUAAACUCUGAGGGUCUGGUGAUAUAAUGACAAAAACAUGAAGACAAAAUGAUGCACGAAAUACAAACAUCAGUUCAAAUGUUUGUCCUGUUGUGUAAAUAUUCUGUAAAGAUCUUGUUUUGAUUCCAAGCAGAUCUAAGACAGUUAAAUUUUAUGCUUAAAGUUGUUUUUAAUUAAGAAACAAUGUUAUUGUUCUGCAAAAUCAUUUUUUUAUGUGUGGCUUAAUAGUAGAUUGUACAGUUCUUUUGGUAUAUUUCAUUUAUCAAUACACUGUUAAAUGUUCUUGAACAUUUUUCCUGCUGGUAAUUCAGAUUCACAAUGACCUUUUUAUGUGAUAAACAUUUAAAAAUUAAAUAGUGAAGUUAAAUUCACUUCUUGAGUUGAUCUUAGUGGAUGAUUGUCACUUAUGUUGCAUAUCUGUGUCUUUUUGUGAUUUUACCUGCAGUUUCCAUCCAGCUACACUUUCAUGAAUGCUGCCUGAGUGUUCUCUGUUGUCUUAAUGUUUCUCUGUAGAUGACGAACUGUUUCUCUACACAUAAGUGAAGGAGAAACUUGACUUUUCACAUGAUGAGAGAAUAACAGUGAUGAUUUAGUUUCAGGCCUUUUUAGUGGAAUAAUUGUGUAUUUUCUCAUGCCUGGUUUGCUGCUGUCUCUAAAAAGAACACUUGUGCAAUAAUAUAGAUUCCUCUAAGUUUAUUUGUUCACAGCUACCGUAGGGUUAUUAAAACAUGUUAAGACAAUAUUAACGUAUUAUUAUUAUUUGAUGUGUGUGUAAGAUUUAAGCAGGUCCAUUCAGCUCUUCCUCAUAUUUCACAGAUUGUAGUUCUUUUGUUGUCUUCUGGAAAAAUAAAAUAAAUUAGUGGUUGCACUGAA